AUGCAGGCCUUUAGCUGCUGCUGCGCAGAUCUCGCGGGCCGCUGUGUGGGGCCUGCAGCAGCAGCAACACCAGCAGCAGCAGCAGGAGGAGAAGGCUCAGCUUCUGUGGCUAAAGAGAAACAGAAAGCGCCUAAAAGAUGGCCUGCUGCAGUAAAAUUGCUUUUUCGCUGCCGACAGGCCCACGACACAGUGCUGCUGCCGCUGCUGCUGCUGCAGCAGCCGCAGCAGCAGCUACAACAGCAGCAGCAACAGGACUGA